AUGGCUGAGACAACGAGGGAUGAAGAUCGGACUGAGAAAGACAACCGGAAAGGAGGUAGGAAUGUGAUUCUACUGGAAGAGGCAGACAUAUUAGAAGGUAUUAACGCUUGCUCCAAUAGUCUCUAUGGCAGACUCUUUGCUUCCAAAACCUUCUCAAUUGGAACCAUGGGGAAUGCUUUAAAGGCUAUAUGGGGAAACCCGGAAGGAUUUAGCGUGAGUGAUAAAGGGGAUAAUUUCUUCCAAUUCUUUUUUAAUAAAGAAGUGGAUGUCUUGCGUGUUGAACGUGGUUCUCCAUGGCUAUUCAAAGAUUAUGUGCUCCAUGUCAAGAGAUGGAAGGAAGAUCAGAACUGUGAUGAAGAGAUUAUUUCCAAUUUUUCAGUUUGGGUUCAAUUUUGGGGUUUGCCAGAAUCGUUUAAAACCCUCGAAGUUGGACGUCAAUUGGGAGAAAAAUUGGGCACAGUGUUGGAGGUAGGUAAAUUUCAUAUGCGAGGCAGAGAAACUAGGAUUGUGAAGACCAAAAUCAAUAUUGAUGCUGCAAGGCAAGUGAGAGAUCAGUUAAUAGUGGCAGGACCUAAUAAAAAGGAGGUAGAAGUGGCACUGCGCUACGAGAGACUUGGAAAAUUCUGUACCUAUUGCGCAAAAUUGGGGCACGAGGUGAAAAUACUGCCAUGA